UCUUCACACAAUAAUUUUCAUUUUCAUCGCUUCAAUUUGUUGGUUUUUGUGCUGCUGCUAGAAAAAUUUGUGAAAAAUAUUAAAAAAAAUAGAAAAAAUGUAAAAAAUAAAUGAAAUUAAUAAAGAAAAGAAAAAAGAAGAAGUCGUAGUUUUGAGAAUAGAAAAAAUUAUAAUAAAGCAAAGCUUUAAAUGUUUUAAAUCAAUUUUAAAUUUCUUAUACAUAACACACAAAUUUUGUGCAAAAAUAUUAAAGAAAAAAAAUAUAAAAGUUACUUGAACAGUAAAAAGAAAAAAUCGUAGUGAUGGCGAAAAACUUGAUAUAAUAUGCCACUUAGGAAUGACAAUAUAAUGCCAUAUAAAUUUUUAAAAUUACACACAGAAAAAUGGAAACAAUAUCCAAGAUUUCCCUGAUAUUGGUUCUAUUCCUAAUUGUUGACUUCAGUCGUUUAACAAAUUAUAAAUCAUCAUCGUCAUCAUUACUGGUACAAGCGUCCACUACUAAAUUAGAAUUAAAACAAGAGCAACUACAACAUAAUAUUAAUAAUAAUGAUUUAAAAACUACAUCAUGUAUUACCACCCUGGCUAAUGAUCCAUUGAGCCUACUUAAGCAGCAACAACAACAACAACAACAAUUGCAACUUCAUAACCAACAGCAGCAACAACAAAUCAAACACACUAAAGAAAGUUUAGGAUUUUUAGAGAAAUUUUUCCAACAUCCUUUAGCUGCUAUUGGUAUAGGCAAAGAUGGAUCUGACACCACCACCAUAACUGAUGAUAUAGAAGAUAGAGAUAUUUUAUCUGAUUAUCAAGAUGAUAUUAUAGGUUUCAAUACACCCCUAGCGGGUGUGGCUGAAGAAGACAAUGUCUUUAAAUUAUUUUGUGAAAACACUUCGAUACCCAACGUUAAUGAAGAGCUAAAAGCUAAAAAAUAUAUUAAAUAUGCCCACAUAAUACUGAACCAUUGCUAUGAAGGCCACAAACAGCAGGAUGUCUAUUUGCAAAUGCAACAGCUGGAGAGUGUGCAUAGUUUACAUUGGACUUCGUCGGGGGUAAAAGAUCGUCAACUGCAGGAUCUCUUUAAGAAUUAUGAAACAAAUUUUGACAAUUUACAAUCUUUGGAUUUGUCACGUAACGCCUUAGUCUGCAUAGAGUGGGUGCGUCCGCGCGUGGUAAGACGCCUCAGAGUACUUAAGCUAACGGGCAACGAAAUCGAUAUGGAAUUGUGUGACUUUUCGCCUUUACACCAUGCUAACCAUUUGAUUGAAUUACGCUUGGAUAAUAAUCGUCUGCACGUAUUUAAUGGCAAAUUUCUAAGCAAUUUAAGUGAACUGAAGGUUUUAAACUUGACCCAUAAUUUCCUAACCGAUCUUCCGCGCAAUAGUUUCGAUGGUGUCUUUAAACUGCAAAGAUUACAUGUGGCCCACAAUAGACUGAAAGUUUUGCCUUUUCAACUGUUUCGUUCGAUGGGCGAUUUACAGAUACUCAAUUUGGCCGACAAUCAACUCUUGUCUUUUCCCGAUAAUUUCUUUGCCUCGAAUGGCGAAAUGCGCAUAUUACAGCUGCAAAGAAAUCAACUGCAAAUGAUCAACCGCAACUCGUUUUAUAAUUUACAGAAACUCUUACAUUUAGAUUUAUCGGAAAAUCAAAUUGCCACCAUUGAUCGCAAGUCCUUUGAGUCGUUGAAGAAUUUAAUAACCCUGAAUAUAUCCUCGAAUGCUUUAACAACUAUUUCCUCCAUUCUAUUCCACCCGCUACAGCGUCUGCAACAUUUGGACCUGAGCAAUAAUCGUUUUACCCAACUGCCAAGUGGUGUAUUUAUGCAUCAGAGAAAUUUAAUUUCAUUGCGCAUCGAGCAUACCCCGAUUGAAAAGCUUAACAAUUGGUUGUCACGCAAUGACAACUCGUAUGUUGAUUCGUCGAUCCUAAAACAUUUAACUUAUCUGUCGCUGCAACACAAUCAUCAAUUGAAAACGUUGAGCAAAACUCUCUUCUUGAAUGCGCCCAAUUUAAAAAUUCUACUGCUGGCCCAUAAUGCCCUGCAACAACUGCCGUCAGAGGUAUCGUCCCUACAUCAAUUGGAACGUCUUAAUGUCGGCCAUAAUAAUCUUUCCUUUUUACCUGAAACCCUAAGUUAUUUGCCUAAUUUACGCAAUAUCAAUAUUUUGAACAAUGAUUAUAUAUGUGACUGUAAACUCUAUUGGUUGGCAUCGUGGUUGACAUCGACAAACACUAGCCUUCGUAUGCAUCGACGUUCGGCCUCGUCUUUUUCGCUGAUGGAAAAUCACAAUGAGUUUACGUCUUCUGAAAAAUCAGAAGACUUAGACUUAUUGAUUUCAUCAUUGAAAUGUCUACACGGUUAUCCGGGCGAUAUGAUAUCGGUUUUGAAAACUUUAAAUUGUACAACGCCGCGUUUGCAAAGUGCGACCGGAGUUAAAAUGCAUGAAUUACAUUCGACUGCCAAAUUGGACUGUUUAUUUUCGGGCAGUCCAUCACCAGAUGUUAUUUGGGUAACACCAACAAAUAAAAUAUUACGUUAUCAUGCCGAUCCUGAUAAACGUCCAAUUAUAAUCAAUCACAACGACAAAGAAUUGGGUAAAUUUCAAUUUAAUAAACUGACCGGUGAUGAGACAACACUGAAUGUUAGUCUACAACGACCAGAUGCCAAGGAGCGUAUCGCACUAAUAGAAAAUGGUUCGCUGUUGGUUAGCAAUAUAACGAGACGUGAUAGUGGCCUUUAUACAUGCUAUGCUUACAAUGUUAUGGGAAAUGCUUCAGCAUUUAUAAGACUACAAAUAGAUCCUAUUGUUUUUUACCGCGUUAAAAUUGGUAGUUUAUUAUCGGGUAUAGCGGCGGCUACAUCAUUUUUAUUAUUGACCUUAAUUGUACAAGGAUUAAGAGCAAUUUUCAAUAAAUAUCGUUUUUGUGAAAAAUUCUUCUGUUGUGCAUCUCGUAGCAAACGUUCGCCGCGAUCGAAACAAAUCUAUGCUAUGCUGGAUAGUAUAGAGACCUAUAAAAGUCAACAGCUGGAAAAGUUAAGAGAAAAUUAUGCUCAACAGGUACAUCGCAUACGCGAGAAUUGCACACAACAAGUGGAAUGGAUACAAAGUAGUUACACUUCUCAGGCGAAACAUUUAAAAGAAUUUCGUGAUAUUGGUUCAAAUCAUUUAACAUCACUUAAAGAUCAGUAUUAUGAUCAGGUGAAAAAGGUUCGUGACUACUCGACUGGCCAAUUGAAUUGGGUACGUGAAAAUUAUGUCUUCCAACGCAAUAAAAUACGUAAAUUCAGUGCUCAUCAAGUGUUGCGUUUACGCGAAGGCUACAAAUAUCAACAGCAAAGUCUUAACAAAGUUUUAGAAAAUUUACCCAGCUUUUAUUUUGAAAAUUGUCGUGGCCGUGGCGAAGAAGAUAUUGCAGAAGACAUAGAUUUUUACUUCAAACAAAAAAUGGCAGCAACCGGUGAUCCACAUCUGCACUAUCAUUUUCGCUAUGCAAAUCAAAAUCAUCCCCUUUCCUCCAUACACAACUCUUUCAAUUCCAAAGAUGUCAAAGAUUUACAAUUACUGAAAACCAAACUAAUGGCAGCCAAUAAUUCAGCAAGCAAAGCUUCCAUAUACUAUACACCACCGGAAGUGGAAGACAACCUAAGACACUCCCAAUUGAAUUUACAAACUUCACCCAUACACAUCAACUACAUCAAUGAGAAUCUCGAACAUAGAAAUCUAGAUUUCCGAAUGCAGCCAAGAGCAUUUUUAAUCAAUACACCCAUGCAAUUGGAAAGUCCCACAACCAUUAAUAAUCUAGCCAGUAUGGAUGAUACGACUACAGCUUUGAAUCAAUUGAAAAUCACAGCAGAACAUCCUUUGGGUGCGGGCAGUAUAGAGGAUAAUCAUUAUGCAGCUACCAUGGCCGAUAAGUUUGCAGCAGCAAGUGGCAGUAGUAAUAAUGGCAAACAAAGACAUUCAUUUUAUGAAGAUUGUGCCCUGGGUGAUAGUAAUAUAGAGCUCAAUGAAAUACGUGAUUAUAAAGAUACUAAUGAUGUGAAAAACUCCAAAUCAUGUCCUGUCAUAUAUAAAGUUUCCAGACAAAACGAUGGCACUACCGUACACGAACUACUUACGGAAGAUUUGAGCAAAGGUUUACGUUUGAAUAAACCUUUGCAGGAGUCAGAAUUGCAAGAGACCCCAUUGCAUCAUAAACCCUUAAAGGAAACCGAGAAACUCAAUAUUAUUUUAGAUGAAAACGGUAAAUCUACAUUGUAUGAUGUCUCACUACCGGCCACAAUAAAAGCAGAUAAUAUUAAAAAAGACAUAAAACCUUUAGGUUUAGAUUUAACAUCUAAUGUGGCCAAUAGUAGAACUACAGCCGGAUGUGAUCACCUUAAAAGAGAUUUUGAUAGUUUAAACUAUAGAGAUGAUAAUAUACCCACAACCUCGGCCUCUGCAUCGAACUUAUUGUCUUCAGGCCUAACAACACCCCUGUCACCAUCCUCGCCCACUUCAGCGUCUUGUAAUGAAGAUUAGUGUAGCUGUUUAGUAUAAUUUUUGCAGUUUGUAAUAAGUUUAGAGAGAUUAUUAGUUCUUUUUUCGGUUUUUUGUUGUUUUCUUUUUUAUUUAAAUUUUAUUUUAAGAAAAAAUGCAAGUAAAAGAUUUUCUUUUUUAAAAUUCAUACAAACAUUAACAAACACAUAAAUAUAUUGUUUAAUAAAAUUAUUAAAAAGAAUAUAAAACUUAGUGAAUGGAAAAAAUCAAACCCAAAUUACUAAAAAUAUAUACAAAAAUACAUUAUUAACUUUUAUGCUGCAUAUUAAAUAAGACAGAUAAAUAUUUAAAAACAAAAAAAAUCAAGUCAAAAAUACAAUGGCAAGUUAAUUAAAUAUUUAAACUUCCUGUAACGUAUAUAUUUAAAAAAACAGUACAUUAAUUAGUUUUGAAAGUAGAUUUUUAAUAAUCACUAGAGUAUAAAACCAACAUCAGCUUAAAACCCUGAUACCUAUACACACAUUAUUAAUUUGGAAAAUUACGAAAAGAGAAAAACAAAAAUUUGUUAGUUUAACUUUCUUGUCACAAUUUAGCCUUUGGCCAAGAAAGUUUACACAUUUCAAAAAAAAAAAAAAAAAACAAACAAAAAAUAUUUAUAAAAUAAAAUAAUUUUGUUAGUUAAUAUUUCCAUUUAAA